CAGGAAGAAUGAUGGUGCCGUUGACAUCGAUGGGAGUCGGGGACCCCAACCGAACAGACUUUCAAUAGCUGGGUGAGCUUGGAGAACCCUGCCUGGAAGCUCGCCUGUCCCCUGAUCCCGCUUGGGCUUGCCGUUGUUUGGAGGGCGGCAGACCAAGGUUCUAAGACACAAAUUAGAAGAUUUAGGCAGCAGCUGGCAUGGCGCAGCAGGAGCACGCCGACAGGGAUCUGUUGGCUGGCAACGCGCGGUACAAAAAGUUGCAGGAUCUGAAUGAGGGCACCUUUGGAGUUGUCAUGCUCGCGCUCGACACACAGGCUCGAGAACAGGUGGCAAUCAAAUUCUUGGAAAGGGGGGCAGGUGUCAGCCGAGGGGUGGUGCGGGAGGUGCUGAACCACCGGCUGUGCGUGGCCCACCCGAACAUCGUGCAGUUCAAGGAGGUGUUCCUCACGCCGCAGCAUCUCGCCAUUGUCAUGGAGUUCGCGGCGGGCGGUGACAUGUUUGAGUAUGUGAUCAAGCACAAGGGGUCUGCCCCCGGGGAGGGCCUGCCCGAGGACGUGGCGCGCGGCUUCUUCCAGCAGCUCAUCCUCGCCCUCGACUUCUGCCAGAAGCUGGGCAUCGCCAACAGGGACAUCAAGUUGGAGAACACACUGCUGGACGGGGCGCUGCCGCGGCCGAACGUGAAGCUGUGCGACUUUGGUUACAGCAAGAACGAGUUUGUGGACUCGCGGCCCAAGACCGUCAGCGGCACGCCCGACUACAUCGCGCCCGAGGUGCUGCUCAAUGACCAGUACGACGGCAAGAAGGCCGACAUCUGGUCCUGCGGCGUCAUGCUCUACGUCAUGCUCACAGCGGUGCUGCCGUUUGCAAAGCGGGGGGACGACAGGAGCAACAACCUGGUGCGCCUGCAGCAGCUCUUCCCGCGCAUCGUGGCGGCGGACUACGAGCAGCCGCGGCGCGUGAGCGAGGAGUGCCGCCACCUGCUCAAGCGCAUGCUCACGCCCGACCCCAGCAAGCGCGUCACCAUCCCUGAAAUCAUGCAGCACUCCUGGUUUCUGAGCAACCUGGGGCCCGGUAUGGGGGAGCUGAACAACCGCUUGGUUCAGAAGGGGGUGCCGCCGCAUCUGCAGAAGGUUGAGGAGAUUGAGGCCAUUGUGCAGCAGGCCACCCAGACAGGAGGCCGCCCAGCCUGGGCCAUGGACGACUGGCUCUCCUGA